UGCUUCUCUUGAAUUUCCUUGUUUUAAUUUCUAAAUCCUGGAUAAUUUUUAGCCAAACAUUUGACCAAUGAUAUCACACCUUCAAACACCCCCUUUGAAGCAUAUAUAAAAAAGCGGCCUUACAGUUGUCUCUGCAAUAUUCUUGAGAACAUCUAACAGUGCAGAAAACCUCCAACCAAGACUUCGACCCUGUGUCAUUCUCCAGAGACUUAGACAGACACUCUGUCACCAACAUGAUCUGGUUCCUCUUCUUGUUUGGUCUGGCUCUCGGCCCUGUUUCUCCUUCAGAGGAACGUGAGAUGAAGUUACAGCGUGGAAACUGUCCCAUGUUCUGGUUCAGCUUCAACGGCCGCUGCUAUAAGUACAUCGCCACACGUAUGUCGUGGGCAGAUGCAGAGCUCCACUGUGUGUCAGAGCGAGCCAACCUGGUGUCUAUCCACAGUCUGGAUGAACAGAAUUUCGUCAAAUCCCUGAUCAAGAGCUUUGACCCCGCUCAGGGAUUCACCUGGAUCGGACUCAGUGACACCCAGAAAGAAGGAAGAUGGAUGUGGUCUGACGGCUGUGCUGUGAAGUUUACCUCUUGGAACUCGGGCGAGCCAAACGAUGAUCUUGGAAAUGAAGACUGUGCACACAAGAACUUUGGCACUCAUCUGAAAUGGAAUGACAAACCAUGUUCUGAUUCUUAUUCCUUUGUUUGUGCAUCUCGCAUAAUGUGUCCUUACCUUCAGACAGCUGAAGCCACAAAUGGAAGUUUUUGCCAAGUCCAUUUGACCAAUGAUAGCAAGCCAACAACACAGACGCCCUCUCAAAAGCAUAGAGAUUCCAUCAUGAUCUUGUUCCUCUUCUUGCUUGGUCUGACUCUGGGCACUGUGCCUCCUUCAGCUGCCCAAAACACAAAUUUAUAUCGUGGAAACUGUCCCGUGUCCUGGGUCAGCUUCAACAACCGCUGCUACAAGUACUUCAACACCCGCAUGACCUGGGCUGAUGCAGAACAUCACUGUGUGACACAGAAAGCCAACCUGGUGUCUGUCCACAGUCUCGAUGAGCAGAUUUUCAUCAAAUUCCUGGUCAUGAACUUCGAAUCUGCUGGGACAAACAUCUGGUUAGGACUCAGUGACAUCCACAAAGAAGGUCGAUGGAUGUGGUCUGACGGGUCUGCAGUCAACUUUGUCUUUUGGAGUACAGGAGAGCCAAACGAUGCUGGAGGAGAUGAAGAUUGUGUGCACCACAUCGUGGGUACAGAUUUGAAAUGGAAUGACAUUACGUGUUCUCAAACAUUGAGUUUUGUUUGUACAUCUAGGCCAGUUUGUCCUUAGCAACUGAGAAGGUUGUGUCUGAUUAAACUCAGUGACUUUCCAUCUGUUUCUCUGUAGUAAUGCAUUAAACCUGCAUGGUAAAGAUACAACUAUGCAAAUGUAUUUACCAAA